CCAGUUCAUCAGAAAACCCUUAUCUUAUAUACACACAGUGCCCCCACUCAAAGCAGCCUAAUCAUAAAGUUUAUCCCCUGUUGAGUCCCCAAUUCUCACCGCCUCAUCUCCCAAGCACAAACUCAAACAAAGCCCCGGAAGAAGCAGCGGCAAAAGCCAUGUCACCUGGACCCAUUGUUGAGGCCGCCGAGCCCGAGACCGAGCUCCAGGUGCCCAUCAUCGACGAGCCCCAGAAGCACCCUCAACCUCUGCACGAUGAGGUUGUCGUCGAGGAUGUGAAGGAGGAUGAUGAGGACGACGACGAGGACGACGAUGAUAACGACGAGGAUGAGAAGGAGGAUGGGGCUGAAGGUGCAAAUGAAAGUUCUAAGCAGAGCAGAAGCGAGAAGAAGAGUCGCAAGGCAAUGUUGAAGCUGGGAAUGAAACCUGUUACCGGUGUUAGUAGGGUCACCAUCAAGAGAACCAAAAAUAUACUGUUCUUCAUCUCAAAACCUGAUGUCUUUAAAAGCCCACAUUCUGAGACCUAUAUCAUAUUUGGCGAGGCAAAGAUAGAGGAUUUGAGCUCACAAUUGCAGACGCAGGCUGCCCAGCAAUUCAUGAUGCCAGACAUGGGAUCCGUUAUGGCCAAACCAGAUAUUUCUGCUUCUGCUGGAGAGCAGGCAGAUGAGGAAGAGGAGGAGGUUGAUGAAACUGGGGUGGAGCCUCGGGACAUUGAAUUGGUCAUGACACAGGCAAGUGUGUCAAAGAGCAAGGCUGUCAAGGCUCUCAAGACUCACGAGGGGGACAUUGUCAGCGCUAUCAUGGAGCUCACCAAUUAAAUAGGCUCCAUAGUCUAUCGUGCGGUUUUGCUUUUCUGAUGAUGAGUUUUGAGAUUUAUGUCACCAUUUAGUUAUUUCGGUCGAUUUGGCUAGCAUCAAUCUGAUUGGUUAAAUUACCUUUUUGUUUUCGUUGGACUUGAUAGUUUUAGUCACGCAGUGAGGGUGUGUAGCCUGCUGAAUUACACUUGAGUAAUUAAGGUUUUUGCUACUGGUUUUCUGUUGCUUACAACCCCAUUAAGCCUUGAUGCCAAAUAGUCGGGGGUUUAGAUUCCUUUACAAAGAUAUUUUGGCCGGCAAAGCAAUUCUUUUCUACCA